CUCUACGUACAGUAGCCACAUUAUACAUUCAUGACCCCCGCAGCAGCGUACACAAACGCCCGACCUCGCCAGGAGCGAUCUAACCACUUUUUGCUCCCAGCGUCGCUGUGUUUGAAUGGUGCCACCAUGAUAGCGUCUACCAUGAGGGUUUCUGUGGUGGUUCUCAUUCUUACUAUUGCUUAUUUUCACACGGCACUGUCUGUUCAAGUCACCGUCGGUGUGGUGUACACUGCCGGGAACAGGGAAGCGUACAGCGGCACGGUACGGCAGAUCUUACGGCUCGUCAACGCGUCAGACGACUAUGGAACCCGUAACGUUACUCUCGACAUCGUUGAAAAAGACGCAAACUGCUCCAGCGAAAACGCCAUAUACAACGUGAUCAACUCGUUCCGACAACAGGACAUUUGUAACAUCGUGGUCAUUAACAACGAGCGGAAGUCAGACGAGGGAAGCACGCCUUGUUCUUUCCACAACGAGAACGACACCUCCUUACUGGCACUGUUCGUCUCUCGGCCAUCGAGGUCCGGUGUUCUGUUGAACUCUGGCCCAGGGGUCAUGAACCUUUACCCGGAACCGAUCGACCUGAGUAAGAUGGUGAUCGACACCGUCCAGAAGUACAGGUGGACGUCUGCCUUCGUGCUGUACGAUAAAUUCGCCGACUCCUACAGGACCCUGGAGCAGUUCCUGAACUGGGCAGCAGACAGGGACUGGCUCCUCAGGGUGAAGGAGAUCCCCCUCCUGUCCAGGUCAGAGGUUGACCGGCGCGAGCUGCGGUCACUUCUCCUGCAGAUCAGGAUGUCACGAGAGGUCCACGUCAUCCUCAUGACAAACUCUGACAUCAUCGUCACUGUUCUAGAAAAGGCAGUUCACAUGCAGAUGCUGAAUUACCAGUACCAGUGGGUGAUAACAAGUUUGAACGGUCCACUGGGUACAGUUCCUCUGGAGGACUAUGAGUUCAGUGGAGCGCGGAUGACGUUCUUCCACCCUAACUUUGAACUAGGAGACGAUACCCGUUUGUUUGAGAGGUUUGUGAUCGAUGCUAUGCUGACUGUGGUGAACACUGCUGCUGACAUGGUGGAGGACACAGGUGGGGAGGACCAGUGUCUGCUGCACACCUACGCCACUAAGGUGGAGUUUGAGGGAUACAGUGGUACGGUGGCAUUUGAUAAAGAUGGCAUCAGAGACAACCUGCAAAUGGACCUGUUGGAGAACAAGGGCAGAGAACUAAGGAAGGUGGGAACAUGGAGCUCCGUACAUGGCACCAACCUAACCUCAACCUUCAACACCAGCUUCCUCACAAACCCUGUCCUGGGCGGCAAGAAGCUCAAGAUCAUCACCAAAGAGAGACAUCCUUAUGUCCAACUGAAGAAGAAUGCCGAUGCGUUUGAGUUGGAGGGAGAGGAGCGAUACGAGGGUUAUCUGAUGGAUCUGAUCCGUAAGAUGGCACUGCACCUGAACUUCACCUACAGUCUGGACAUUCUGGAGGAUGCACACGUGGGGGAGAAACAGCCUGACGGGUCCUGGGAUGGCAUGAUUGGAGAACUGUUCAACUACAGGGUUGACGUAGUUCUUGAUGCGGUGUCAACGCGUUCCUUCCGUCUGGAAGCCGUAGACUUCACCGAGCCGAUAGAGAUGUCCGGGUACUACCUCAUCAUGAAGCGCCCCUCCAAGGCCAUCCCUGGGAUCUUCCAGUUCCUCGCGCCCUUCAGCACGUCUGUGUGGAUUGUGAUUGGCUGUGCCUGCCUCCUAGUUGCCAUCUUGUCCACGGUCAUCAGCUACCUGGACCCGUAUGAGUGGCACCAGCUGGCUAAACGGGGAGAAGUCAAGCCUGAGGAGGGGGGGAACUGGGACUUCCUCAACAGCAUGUGGUCUGCCUGGGGCGCUUUUGUCGGCGGUGGCGCUGAGUUUCUACCGUGUUCGUACGCCGGGCGGGUCCUCUCCAGCACGUGGUGGUUCGUCAUCCUGGUCGUCAUCUCGUCCUACACCGCCAACCUGGCCGCGUUCCUCACGCAGACCCGCCUGGAGGAGACCGUCAGCUCGCUAGACCAGCUGGCAAACAGCAAGUUCAACUACGGAGCGCUGGCACGGAACACCAUCGUACAGUUCCUAGUGACGGCCACCGACGAGCCGUACAAAUCCGUCGGAAACCAUCUGAAGAUGAACAGGGAGGAGGUUCUGCUGGACUCGCGCGAUGAGCUGCUGGAUAAAGCGGAGAGGGAGAAGUUUGUGUUCAUUGCUGAUGCUGAGAACGCGUUCACCAUCAAGGAAGAGAGAUGUGUGCUCAUGACAGUAGGGGAGAAGUUUUUCCUGUCACCUCUAGCCCUGAUGCUGCCCCGAGGGUCUCCGUAUGUUAAAGAGUUCAACCGACUGAUCCUGGAGUUCCGUGAAAAUGGCUUCAUGGACAUCCUCCACAACCGUUGGUUCAGGGCCUCAGGAAAAUGUGACUCUGUCAUCUCUAAAAGCGAUCAAUCCGUUCUGGACUUGGAGAGCUUCGCUGGACUGUUCUACUUCAUGUUGAUGGGGAUCGCGCUGACCAUGUUGGUCAUGGCCGCCGAGAAGGUGUGGUUCAUGCGGCAGGAGAAGGACAAGAAGAAAAGUGACCUGGAACUUGCCGACCGUAACGGCGCCAAGGACGGGGAGCUAGAGGCUCUUCGUGCGUAAAACAACGCCACCUAGUGGAACAUUUUGGCAAUGCAAGGGAAACUUAACUUAAUUAUGCUAUUUCAUAGUAGACAGUAUGUGAUGUGAUUUGUCAUUAUUACUUCUCUGUGUUCUGUACGUAAGUAGCUGAAGGUGGUUGGAAGUGAUUCUUAUGGAGUAGAGUUGGAUUGUGACAUAAGCAAUAACAGAAAGCAUUAUAUACUGUGUAAGUGGAAACAUCAUGGCAGCAUCGUACCUUUCUGUUCUGUCUUCAUUUGUUGUGAAACAAAACAUGAUAAUGAUUACAUCAUGGACAAUCAGUUGAAUCUGAUUAUAUAUCUACUACAACAUUUUGCAUGUAUGGCAAUGACAAGCUAACUCUUUUGGCAGCAAUGGAUUUCAGGGAAAACUAAAAUUGUACCUUUUACAAUAGCAUAGAUAUUGUUGUUUGAUUACAGUUUAUACCAAUGUUUUUUUUUAUUAUUGUAUGAUUUGAUAUGACUAUACUCAAGAUAACUUGUAUAACAUUCAUACAAUUUGUAUAGUCAUGCAGGUGUAAAUAUACUGUAUAUGGUAACACCUUUUGCUGAUUUGUGGAAGUGAAAUGAAGCAGGAACACAGAAUUUCAAAAAUAACUUAGCGGUAACUCUUGAAUCAGUUGUUUUUGCUGUAAGGCCAUAACAAGUAAAUUCUAUGGAUGACACCCUCAGCAGACUCCAAAUCUAAUGCAAUAGGGAAAAAAACAAGGUGGGCUAAAAAAAACAAGAUUCCUACAUUUUCAAUUGUUUUCCCAUUCCAAUUCUUUAUUUACAUACCAACAUUACAGAC